UUUCUCCCUCGUUCACGAUAGAACCUUUCUCCUCUUCUUCUCCCAGUGACAUACUCUUCAUUCUCUCCCUUUGAAGAAAUUAAAAAUGUCAUAGCUGAGGAGGGAAUACAACCCUGAACAAACAAGAAGAAGGAAAGUAGCAUUUACGCUAAACAGAGCUCCAGACUUCGUCUCUCGCUCUCUCUCCGUUGCUAGACACACAUGUAUAUUGGAUUAGGUGACACGAUGGACUCCUCAAUACAAACACACUAUUAUAAUACUUUAGGAGAUGGAAAUGAGGAAGAAGAUUAUUUGGUUGAUGGUGAGGCUCAGGGUUUAGAGACUGAUGGUCUGUUUGAGGUUGAUGUACAUGUUAAUGAAUGUGAUGAUAGCACACAUAUCACAGAUGAUAGCUCGAGUGAUGAGGAGUUAGCUACGGCUAGAGAACUAGAGAUGCAAUUGGGGGGAGAACUUGGCUCUGGAUUUGUGGAUACAAAUGACAAAAGUGAGCUAGGUGAUUCACACAUAAUAACCCAUGAUCUAGACAUGGAAGACGAUUUAAAUCCAAUAGAUUUUGGAUAUCAGUCAGAAUAUGUGGCUUUUGAUGGAGAGCAAGACAGCCCCCCACCCAGCGACACAGAUGACAUAUUUGCAUAUCAUUUAAAGAAGAAAAAUUGUGCAAUAACUGAAUAUGAUCCAAAAUGUGAUCAUAAGACUAUGGAGUGGAAAAUUGGUUUGAAGUUUAUUAAUUCAUCGCAGUUCAGAGAUGUUGCGCAGUUAUAUGCAUUGCAUAGCGGAAGAAAUUUAACUUGGUUCAAGUCUAGUCAUAAACAAAUGGAUGUUAGGUGUGUUGAUGGAUGUAACUGAAAAGUGUAUGCUAGCUCAAUGCAGGAUAAUAGUGGAUUUGUUGUGAAAACAGUUGUUCCGAAACACCUAUGUGGAAGAUCUUUAACAAAUAGACAGGCAACUGUUGAAAAGCUAGCCAAAAGAUACUUGAACAAGUUUAGGGCAAACCCAUAAUGGCCGAUCUCUGAGAUGGAGGAUGAAUUAAGGAAAAAGUUUUGUUUGCUAGUUCCAAGUCAAAAGCUAUACAGGAUAAGGAAAAGAGCAUUAGAGAUUCUAAGAGGCACUUUAGAGCAGCAUUACAAGAGGCUUAGGCCCUAUAUUGGUGAGAUGAAAAGAGUGGACAGAGAAGGAACAUUUGUGUAUGAACCCAUUCCUCAUAGUGAUAAUGUGUUCAAAAGAAUAUAUGUGGGUUUCUCAUCCUUACGGGAGAAUUAUUUAGAGGGAGGCCGGCCGGUAUUCGGGCUUGAUGGAGCAUUCUUGAAGACCUUAAUGGGGGGUUGUUUAUUAGCGGCAGUUGGUCGCGAUGGAAAUAACCAAAUGUUUCCAAUAGCAUGGGCUGUUGUUGAUGCUGAAAAUGGAGAUAAUUGGGAUUGGUUCUUGGGACUCUUCACAAAGGACUUUAGAAUUAUUGAUGGGCUUAGGUGGACUAUCAUCAGUGAUGGUCAAAGGGGACUUUGCAAUGCUAUUGCAAGUAAUAUGCCUCAAGCAGAGCAUAGACUAUGUGUUAUGCAUGUGUAUGCAAAUUGGAAGAAAAAUUGGAAAGGUGAUGAAUUAAAGAUUUAUUUUUGGAUGGCUGUACAAGCACCGAAUCAUUCUGCUUUUGACCGCGUUGUAACAAAAAUGAGAGAGCAACAAGGAUGCAUAUGAAGAAUUUAUGGACAGAAAUCCUGUCAGUUUUGUAAGUCAUUUUUCCGGACUGAUCUGAAAUGUGAUGCAUCAGAUAAUAAUAUGUGUGAAGCAUUCAAUGGAACCAUCUGUAGGGCAAGAACAAGACCACUUAUUAACACGCUUGAAGAAAUAAGGUGUUAUGUGAUGGAGCGGACAUAUAAGAAGAUGCAUUUGAUGAAAAACAGUCGAGAUCAAAUAUGCCCAAGGAUCAGAAAAGUAUUCAACAAAAAUAUUGAAAGUAGCUCCCGUUGCAUGUGCAUUCCAUCUGCAGUAGGGAAUUUUCAAGUCACUGAGGAAGAUGAUCAAUAUGGCGUGAAUUUAAACCAACAUACAUGUGGGUGUAGAGCUUGGGACUUGAGCGGAAUACCUUGUAGACAUGCCAUAUCAGGCAUUGCUUUCCUUAGAGACGACCCAACUAAGUAUGUGGAUACCUGUUAUAGAAGGGAAACUCAUUCUCUUAGUUACUCUAGAGGACUUCCACCUAUAAAUGGAUAUUUAAUGUGGCCGUCAGUUCCUGGUUCUAACAUUAAACCACCUCCUCACAAAGUCAUACCUGGACGACCUAAGAAAAAUAGGGCAAAAUCAAAGGAUGAAAGGUCCGAACUGCCACGAGAUCCAAACAAACUACCCAAGAAUGGUGUUAAGAUGAAGUGUUGGAACUGCAAUACGUAUGGCCAUAAUACCAGAACAUGUAAGCAGCCAAGAGAAGUUAACACUGCUGUCAGUACAAAGAGACUGAGAGGCAGGACGAAGAAAACAAUUUCUGCUACUACACUAUUAAUGUGUUCCGGAGAACAUAACAUAGCUGCCACACGCCCUAAAAGGCCCAAACCACCUUCAACCGCAAUGAAUUAUGGAUCUUCACAGUUUGGUGGUGGAUAUGGAAUUGUUGCAUCUCAACCAACUUCAAGUGGGAUAAGAAAUACAUUUUCUAUGGCUGGUAGCUCACAUUUGGA